AACCCGCAUUUACGCACCUCAACUGCCUGCCUUCCACAUCCUGAUCAGCUAGCGCCCAUGGCCACCGUUAGCGCCGCCGCUCCAGCCUCGACCUUCGCCGGCACCGCCCUCCCGAGGCGGUCGGCUGUCAUCGUCUCUCCGUCGGUACUGCUCGGUACGUAUUGUACUGCUCCACGAAAUUUGAGCCGUACUGCAGGUUUGCCUCGACUGGCCUGCAAGGGGAGAACAGUGCGGUGCUCGACGCACGAGGAGAAGGCAACCGUGGCCGCGGGGGCGGUGGCGAUGGCAGCAGCGUGGACGAUGACGACGAGCCCGGCGCUGGCUCUGGUGGACGAGCGAAUGUCCACGGAAGGGACAGGGUUGAGCUUGGGGAUCAGCAACAACUUGCUGGCGUGGAUUUUGCUGGCAGUGUUUGGCCUCAUUUGGGCUCUGUAUUUCGCUUACACCUCCACGCUCGAUGAGGAUGACGACUCUGCGCUCUCGCUCUAAACUCUCCAAUGGAAUCAUGCCACGUGUUGAUUCACUUGAAGUUUUAUAUAUCAAAUACAUGCGCAAAUUAAUAUGACAAAAGACGAUUCCUUCGUAAUGUUAAAAAAAAAAAAUGAAAUAAUGUCGUUUGGAUCUUUAUUAUAAAGAAAGUAUUUUCUGUAGUAAGAAUUAGAUGAAUGAUAAAUUUAUUGUCUAUUAGAGAGAUA